UCCCAGGCAGGCGAUGGCCCUUUGGCUCAAGUUCUGCUCUUUCUUCUUCUCCCUCACGGCCUGCCUCGAUGGGCCGCGUCUGGCCGUCUCCGCCGGAGGGACCAGUAGCAGCGGCGGUGGCAGGAAAGGAUCCGCGGGCGAGGCUUGCGGCUGGAUGGGCCUCUCUCCAAAUGGAAAGAAUAUUGGGCUGCCUAAUAUUACCUUUAAAUAUGACAAUUGUACUCCUUAUUUAAAUUCAAUAGGAAAACAUGUCAUUGGAGAUGUACAGAACAUCACUAUUAGUCAAUAUGCAUGCUCUGAUCAAGUUGCAGUGACUGUAUUGUGGACAGCCAACCCCAUUGGUAUUGAAUUUCUGAAAGGAUUUCGAGUUAUACUUGAAGAAUUAAAAUCGGAAAGAAGACAAUGUCAGCAAUUGCUUUUAAAAGAUCCAAAGCAGCUCAACUCAAGUUAUAAGUGGACUAGAGUGGAAUCUCAGCCCUUCCUAAAUCUGAAAUUUGAAACUGAUUACUUCGUAAAGAUUAUUCCUUUUCCAUCCUUUAAGAAUGAAAGUAACUACCAUCCUUUUUUCUUCAGAACUCGUCCUUGUGAAUUGCUGCUGCAACCAGACAACCUAGUCUGCAAACCUUUUUGGAAGCCAAGAAGCUUGAAUAUUACGCAGCAAGGUUUUAAUAUGUAUGUAUCUUUUGAUCAUGCACCACAUAACUUUGGAUUCAGAUAUUACUACCUGCACUACAAGCUCAAAACUGAUGGAAAGUUCAAACAGAAGAUUUGUAAACAGGAAAAGAAUACAGAUGUAGUAACUUGUAUUCUUCAGAAUGUCUCACCUGGAGAUUAUAUCAUUGAGCUUGUUGAUGAUACCAACACAACAAGAAAAUCAAUGCACUAUGUGUUAAAGCCAGUGCACUCUCCAUGGGCAGGUCCAAUAAGAGCAGUAGCCAUUACAGUACCCUUGGUUGUCAUCUCUGCAUUUGCAACACUUUUUACAGUGAUGUGUCGCAAAAAGCAACAAGAAAAUAUCUAUUCCCAUUUAGAUGAGGAGAGUUCUGAAUCUUCUACCUACUUUGCAUCUCUCCAUGUGGAAAGGCAGCAGCCUCGGCCUAAAGUCUUCCUGUGCUAUUCCAAUAAAGAUUGCCAGAAGCACAUUAAUGUCAUCCAGUGUUUUGCCUUUUUCCUUCAGGACUUUUGUGGUUGCGAGGUUUCUUUAGAUUUAUGGGAAGAUCUGAAAAACUCUAAAGAAGGUCAGAAAGAGUGGCUUCAUCGGAAAAUCAAUGAAUCCCAAUAUAUCAUUGUUGUAUGUUCAAAAGGAAUGAAAUACUUUGUGGAGAAAAGGAGCUGGAAGCACAAGAGAUCCAAGGAAAAGGAUACUGGGAAAGGAGAACUCUUUCUGGUUGCCAUAGCUACCAUAGCAGAGCAGCUACGUCAUGCAAAGCAAAAUUCACGUGACCUCUGCAAGUUCAUUGCCGUUUACUUUGAUUAUUCCUGUGAAGGUGACAUUCCUGGAGUACUAGAUUUAACCUCAAAGUACAAGCUUAUGGAUAACCUGCCUCAGCUUUAUGCUCAUUUAAAAUCCAAAGAUCUUAGCUUUCAUGAUUCAGAAUUGUAUCCUGUACAUAUUAGCAAAAGAAACUAUUUCAGGAGUAAAUCUGGACGAUCGCUCUAUGUAGCCAUUUGCAACAUGCAUCAGUAUAUUGACCAGGAGCCUGACUGGUUUGAGAGGCAGUUUGUGUCUUUCUUCCCAACACCUUUACGUUGUCCGGAUCCUGUGAUAGAAACUUUUGACUCUGGCUUGGUAUUAAAUGACUUAGUCAAUAAACAAGUGACUGAUGGAGAUUUUUAUCUAAAAGUAGAUGCAAAUGCUGUUCCUCCUUUACAUUCGGACUCUCUUUGUAUGACACAGCAUUUGAAUCUUGGGUUGGAUAGAGAAUCUCAGGACAUUCAGAAUACUAGCUCCAUUCUUCAGCCAUUGCUGCAUGUUGUAAAAACUGCCAAUCUACCAGACAUGCCCCGAGAUUCAGGAAUAUAUGAUUCCUCUGUGCCUUCAUCUGAACUGUCACUACCUUUCAUGGAUGGGCUCCUAACAGAUCAAACUGAAACAUCUUCCAUGACAGAGAGUGUCUCUUCCUCGUCAGGACUGGGAGAAGAUGAACCGCCUUUGCUUGCUGCCACCAAAUCCCUCGUGCCUGGAAUAUGUAAAGCAGAACUUCAUUGCUGUAUCCACACAGAAGAACUGCAGGCAAUUGCACCUUUAUAGUGGAUUGAAAGAUUGUUAUGCAUUGCCACUUUAUCAACAGCAUCUGUUUAUACAUUAAUCUCUCUAUCAUUACAGUCAUUUGACUUAUUUGAAAGAAAAUAUACAUUCCUGGAGGAGCUGCUUCCUAGGGGAGUUCAUGUUUUAUACUUUGUUCCUAUAUAGUUUUCUGUUUUGAUAAGAAAACUCUCAAGAAUGGAAAGAUAGAUAUUACUAUCGAUUUGGGUUUAAGGGAAAUGUUGUAUUAACAAGGGUUAAAAUCCAUUUACUUUCUAAUAUGAAAUAUAGUUGUUGGAAAUUACCAAAUGUUUGACUUCCAUGAUGAACUAUGAUUUCAUCCUAGCUGUGAUUCUUUACAAGUAUAUGCUUUUUCCAUCCUUAAUUCUUUUAUACACAAGAGGAAAGACAGAGUGAGUGCUUGGUUCUAAUUAUAAUUAUGCUUCUCUUCUGUCUAAAAUGGAUAUUCUGAUUAAUACUUAUAUUGUCAUAAAAUUAUGGUUUGAAAGUAGUUUAAAAUGAAACUGACUACAAUUCAGUGUAACAGCCUAUUUAACUGCAGGAAAUGUUUGAUCCUCUGAUGCUCUGUGCAUUAUUUGUAUCUGGUUCCUGGUUGUAAAUGCUGAAGCAACUAGACAUCAUAAUAUAAUGUUCAGUAAUAUUUGGAGAUUGGAAAGCAGGAUUCAGUGUUAAAAUACCAAAGAUGAGACCUAUAAAAAUAGGCUUUACUAAAACAGCAAUCAUUGUUGAAUUUUGCUUACCCAACCUAGCAUGUUUAAGUAAAAAGUUAAAAAAAAUGUUUUGUGUCUUAUGUUACUUGUGAGCAUACUUAUAUUAAUGACUAGUUUGCCAUUCCAAUUCAAAAAUAGUUUAAAUUUAAACUCAAUUGUGUUUCCAAGCUGUCUGCUGACAUUCAUGCUAGUAUUAAUAUUUCAUUGUUUAAGUAUCUCUCUAAAUGUUUUUAACUUUAGAAGCUAAAAUAUUAAAGUUCAGUUGAACAAUUAAUUCAAGAUUAAGAAUAUAAAUGAUUGAUAUAUAACUAUUUGUUUAUAUGAAUGAUAAAGUAUUCUUAGGAUCAUAUCAACCCUUUUCUAGCCCCUAUCUUUGAAACCUAAAGUUGUGACCAGAUUUGUAUUUACUUUAAACUGUUGCCCUGGCUUUGUUGAGGAUGUUGUUAACUCAUUUACCUUACACUGACAUUUUUCCAGGUUGUUUAAUAUUUGAAAAGAAACAUAAGUAGAUACAUUUGCUUUUUUCAAAAAAAUAUGCUUCAACAUUAGCAAAUAUCCAUUUUCAUGUAGAUAAUGCAAUUUUUUGAGUCAUUAUAUAACAUUACUAAGGGGAAAGUGGUAGAUAAGGAUUAAAAUAUUUCCCCAAUUUGUUCUCAUUUUUUUACCUUAAAUUGAGUCAUUUUUGAUAGCAGCAAUUUUACUACAUGUUUUAAACUUUGUUUUUUUGUUUUUAAAAUCAAAAUUAUUCCAGAAAGGAAUUUAAACUUUCUUAAAUAGUUUAAUGCGGGGCAAUAACUUUGUGGAAAAAUUGUUUCCAUAAACAAUGAUACACAUAUGAUAAUCAUUUUUAAACCUUGCACUGUCCCUUCUGUAUAUUUGCUGACCACUUGAAAAUGUUGCUUGUGUAUCCUGAUUACUUGAAAGUCCAUACAACAGUUCUGGAGGAUUUCCUUAAAAUAAGAUUAAUGUUUUUUUUAAAGUAAAGAACAUAUGUGGUAAAGA